AAUAUUAAACUGACUUUAAAUGAGAGCAAUGUUGACGACUGUAUUGAUAUUUAUAUUAAAUGUUGUGUUAAAUACAUAAUAAUAAUAAUAAUAAUCAAAACAAUUGAUUAAUAAUAAAUGACAACCAAUUGAUAUUACGUUAAACAGACAAACGGUUAAAACAUUACCCGAAAAGCGAUUGGUUGGCCAACAAUCGGAUUGGAUGGCGUCGUCCCGAACUAACGGAUCCAAUGGCCAGGUGUUGUCGAUACCGCCGCGUUGGCUUAAAUGUCCGCGAAGAGGCAAUAUCAUCGCCGACAAAUUCAUACCAUUCAAGACACCAUUGGACGACCGAUACAAGAGUAAGAUACCCGAUAGCGAUGUAUUUACGCCAGAGAUGUUCAUAGCGCUGGUCAGCGGAAGUUUCAAAGUGAAGUUGGGUCGUUGGAUAGAUCUAACCUAUACCUCGCGUUUCUAUGACAAGUCUAUUGUCGAGAAGAAGAACAUCCAAUACUGUAAAUUUCAGUGCAGAGGCCACGACGAAUGUCCCACUGAAGACCAAACUCGACAAUUCAUCAGUUCGUGUGACGCCUAUAUUGCCAAAAAUCCGUUGGAUGUAAUCGCUGUUCACUGUACGCACGGUUUCAAUAGGACCGGCUUCUUGAUCUGCGCCUAUCUGAUCGAAAAACUCGAUUGGAGUGUCGAAGCGGCUGUCAAUGCGUUUGCCAACUCGCGACCGCCCGGUAUCUACAAGGAGUCGUAUCUAAGAGAACUGUUCCGACGUUACGGCGACGAAGAAGACGCACCGUCAGCCCCGCAGCGACCCGAUUGGUGCUACGAAGCUGACGAUACCGACGAUGAUGGUAAUCCUAUUGCCGCAGCCGCUGCUAAUAGUGGUGGUGGUGGUAAUCACUCGCGACCAGUGAACAACAGAUGGAAAACGUCGACAUUUAUGGAGGGCGUCGGCGGAGCCACAACUGUUACCGACAGUAACAAAGUCAGAGAAGUACAACAAAAGUGUCAACGAAUGGCAAAAUUCAAACAGCGCGGCUUUCCCGGCUCUCAACCCGUAUCGAUGGACUGUCAAAACAUACAGUUAUUGUCGGUUAAGGAAUAUAUGGUCAGCUGGAAGGCCGACGGCACCCGAUAUAUGCUGCUAAUUAAUGGCGAAGACGACUGCUAUUUUGUCGAUCGCGACAAUACUGUCUUCAAGAUAGAUGGCGUCAAGUUUUUUAAGCGCAAAGAUUUUCCACAGCAUUUGGAAAAUACUCUAUUGGACGGGGAAAUGAUUGUCGACGAAGUUAAUGGCCAGAAAGUGGCCCGUUAUCUCAUCUAUGAUAUCAUAACAUAUGAAUCAGCCGAAGUGGGCGGUUGUGACUUCCGGCGGCGAAUCUACUGUAUUGACAAAGAGAUUAUUGAGCCGCGAGAACGGGCCAAACGUGAAGGUAUUAUCGAUCGGACCCGUGAGCCGUUCGGUAUACGGAAAAAAGAUUUCUGGGAAAUACGCGAUACCUAUAAGAUAUUUGAGCAAAAAUUUCAGCAAAAUUUAUCCCAUGAAAUCGAUGGUCUAAUUUUCCAACCCGUACCCGAUCCGUACAUUGCUGGCCAAUGUGUGGUAACUCUGAAAUGGAAACCUCCAUCACAUAAUUCAGUUGAUUUCAAAUUGAAAAUAGUUUUGGAUGAUAGGCCUGGUAUGUUGAGGAAGUUUAUCGGUAAUCUGUUUGUCGGCGGUCAAGAUCAGCCGUUUGACCAGAUGAGGGUCACUAAAGAUCUCCGACAGUACGACAACAAGAUUAUCGAGUGUACAUACGAUAUGACUGGUAAACAGUGGCUUUUUAUGAGAGAGCGAACCGAUAAGUCAUUCCCGAAUAGUUUCAAAACGGCUAUAGCUGUCUGUAAUUCAAUACGCAAUCCAAUAACUAAAGAAAUACUACUCGAGUUUAUCCAUAACCGGAGUGUCGGUCCGGCUAUAGUCAAGAAACCCAAUAGCGGUACAGAUAGUAGUCUAAUGCCGCCGCCGGCGAAAAUGGCCCGAAGAUAA